CCAGUAGGUUCCCUGGUCCCUCAUUUUGCUUGUCCCUGCCAUCUUCCAGUGCUUCCUGCCUAGGACCACCUAGAGUCACCCAGAUUUCCAAGCCCUUCUCCUCUGCCUCUUGCCACCAUGAUGGAUGUAAGUGAACUCGGAGAGUCUGCCUGCUACCUCCGCCAGGGUUACCAGGAGCUGAUGAAGGUGCACACUGUCCCAUGGGAUGGGAAGAAACGAGUGUGGGUCCCGGAUGAACAAGAUGCCUACGUGGAGGCUGAGGUCAAGUCGGAGGCGACCGGAGGCAAAGUCAAUGUGGAAACCAAAGACCAGAAGGUGCUGACUGUGCGAGAAACUGAGCUGCAGCCCAUGAACCCACCCCGCUUUGACCUGCUGGAGGACAUGGCUAUGAUGACACACCUCAACGAGGCCUCAGUGCUGCACAACCUGCGCCAGCGUUAUGCUCGCUGGAUGAUCUACACAUACUCAGGCCUCUUCUGUGUCACCAUCAACCCCUACAAAUGGCUCCCGGUCUACACAGCUUCUGUGGUGGCUGCUUACAAGGGAAAGCGCCGCUCAGAAGCCCCGCCUCAUAUAUAUUCAGUGGCAGAUAAUGCCUACAACGAUAUGCUGCGCAAUCGAGAGAACCAGUCCAUGCUGAUCACCGGAGAGUCGGGGGCCGGUAAGACGGUUAACACCAAGCGGGUCAUUCAGUACUUUGCCAUCGUCGCUGCCCUGGGAGACGGGCCGGGCAAGAAGGCCCAAUUUCUGGCAACAAAGACUGGGGGCACCCUUGAAGAUCAAAUCAUCGAGGCCAACCCUGCCAUGGAAGCUUUCGGCAAUGCCAAGACCUUGAGGAAUGACAACUCUUCCCGCUUUGGCAAGUUCAUCCGCAUUCACUUUGGUCCCUCUGGGAAGCUGGCCUCUGCGGAUAUUGACAGCUAUCUCUUGGAGAAGUCGAGAGUGAUCUUCCAGCUGCCUGGUGAGCGUGGGUACCAUGUCUACUACCAGAUCCUCUCCGGGAAGAAACCAGAGCUGCAGGACAUGCUGCUUCUGUCUAUGAACCCCUAUGACUACCACUUCUGCAGCCAGGGCGUCAUCACCGUGGAUAACAUGGACGAUGGGGAGGAGCUCAUCUCCACAGAUCAUGCCAUGGACAUCCUGGGCUUCAGCGUGGAUGAGAAAUGUGCUUGCUAUAAGAUCGUGGGUGCCCUCCUGCACUUUGGCAACAUGAAGUUCAAGCAGAAGCAGCGAGAGGAGCAGGCUGAGGCCGAUGGCACUGAGAGUGCUGACAAGGCUGCCUACCUGAUGGGAGUCAGCAGUGGGGACCUCCUCAAAGGCCUGCUGCACCCUCGGGUGCGUGUGGGGAAUGAGUAUGUGACCAAGGGCCAGAGUGUAGAGCAGGUGGUGUUUGCAGUGGGAGCUCUGGCCAAGGCCACCUAUGACCGGCUGUUCCGGUGGCUGGUGUCACGGAUCAACCAGACCCUGGACACAAAGCUGCCCCGGCAGUUCUUCAUCGGAGUCCUGGACAUUGCUGGUUUUGAGAUCUUUGAGUUCAACAGCUUCGAGCAGCUGUGCAUCAACUUCACCAAUGAGAAGCUGCAGCAGUUCUUCAAUCAGCACAUGUUUGUGCUGGAGCAGGAGGAGUACAAGCGUGAGGGCAUCGACUGGGUCUUUAUCGAUUUUGGCCUCGACCUGCAGCCCUGUAUUGACCUCAUCGAGAAGCCACUAGGAAUCCUGUCCAUCUUGGAGGAGGAGUGCAUGUUCCCCAAGGCCUCAGAUGCAAGCUUCCGGGCCAAGCUCUAUGACAACCAUUCAGGGAAAUCACCCAAUUUCCAGCAGCCUCGGCCUGAUAAAAAACGCAAAUAUCAGGCCCACUUCGAGGUGGUCCACUACGCAGGCGUGGUGCCUUAUAGCAUCGUGGGCUGGCUGGAGAAAAACAAGGAUCCUUUAAAUGAGACGGUGGUCCCCAUCUUCCAAAAGUCACAGAACAAGCUCCUUGCCAAUCUCUAUGAGAAUUAUUCAGGCUCCUGUUCCACUGAGCCCCCCAAGUCUGGAGUGAAAGAGAAGCGAAAGAAGGCAGCCUCAUUCCAGACAGUGUCCCAGCUGCACAAGGAGAACCUCAACAAGCUGAUGACCAACCUGCGGGCCACGCAGCCCCACUUCGUCCGCUGUAUUGUUCCAAAUGAGAACAAGACCCCUGGGGUCAUGGAUGCUUUCUUGGUGCUGCACCAGCUACGCUGUAAUGGGGUCCUAGAGGGUAUCCGGAUCUGCCGCCAAGGAUUCCCUAACAGGCUGCUGUACGCCGACUUCAGGCAGCGGUACCGCAUCCUGAACCCCAGUGCCAUCCCAGAUGACACCUUCAUGGACAGCAGGAAGGCCACAGAGAAGCUGCUGGGUUCACUAGACAUUGACCACACCCAGUACCAGUUUGGUCACACCAAGGUGUUUUUCAAGGCUGGGCUUCUGGGCGUCCUAGAGGAGCUCCGUGACCAGCGUCUGGCCAAGGUGUUGACACUGUUGCAGGCACGAAGCCGGGGCCGCCUCAUGCGCCUUGAGUACCAGCGCAUGCUGGGAGGCAGGGAUGCCCUGUUCACCAUCCAGUGGAACAUCCGUGCCUUCAAUGCUGUUAAGAACUGGUCAUGGAUGAAGCUCUUUUUCAAGAUGAAGCCACUGCUGCGCUCUGCACAAGCUGAGGAGGAGUUGGCAGCUCUGAGGGCAGAGCUUCGAGGACUGCGAGGGGCACUGGCAGCUGCUGAGGCCAAGCGCCAGGAGCUGGAGGAGACCCAAGUCAGUGUCACCCAGGAGAAGAAUGACCUGGCGCUGCAGCUGCAGGCAGAGCAGGAAAACCUGGCAGAUGCUGAGGAGCGCUGCCAUUUGCUGAUCAAGUCUAAGGUGCAGCUUGAGGCAAAGGUGAAGGAGCUGAAUGAGCGGCUGGAGGAUGAAGAGGAAGUGAAUGCUGACCUGGCUGCACGCCGGCGCAAGCUGGAGGAUGAGUGCACAGAGCUCAAGAAAGACAUUGAUGACCUGGAGCUGACCCUGGCCAAGGCUGAGAAAGAGAAACAAGCCACUGAGAACAAGGUGAAGAACCUGACAGAGGAGAUGGCUACACUGGAUGAGUCAGUGGCCCGGUUGACCAAGGAGAAGAAAGCAUUGCAAGAGGCACACCAGCAGGCCCUGGGCGACCUGCAGGCCGAGGAGGACCGUGUGAGUGCUCUGGCCAAGGCCAAGCUCCGCCUGGAGCAGCAGGUAGAUGAUCUGGAGUGCUCCCUAGAGCAGGAGAAAAAGCUGCGGAUAGACACAGAGCGGGCCAAGCGCAAGCUGGAGGGCGACUUGAAACUGACCCAGGAGGCUGUGACAGACACCACCCAAGACAAGCAGCAGUUGGAGGAAAUGCUCAAGAAGAAGGAUUCAGAGCUGAGUCAGCUAAACCUGCGGGUAGAAGAUGAGCAGCUCCUGGGUGCCCAACUGCAGAAGAAGAUCAAGGAAUUGCAGGCACGGGCUGAGGAGUUAGAAGAGGAGCUAGAGGCCGAACGGGCAGCCCGGGCCCGCGUGGAAAAGCAGCGGGCAGAAGCCGCCCGGGAGCUGGAGGAGCUGAGUGAGCGGCUGGAGGAGGCAGGCGGUGCCUCAGCUGGGCAGCGCGAAGGCUGCCGCAAGCGAGAGGCUGAGCUGGGCCGCCUGCGGCGGGAGCUGGAGGAGGCAGCACUGCGGCACGAGGCCACAGUGGCCACCCUGCGGCGCAAGCAGGCGGACAGUGCGGCUGAGCUGGGGGAGCAGGUGGACAGCCUGCAGCGGGUGCGGCAGAAGCUGGAAAAGGAAAAGAGUGAGCUGCGCAUGGAGGUGGACGAUCUGGGGGCGAAUGUGGAGACCCUGGCCCGCAGCAAGGCCAGUGCAGAGAAGCUGUGCCGGACCUAUGAAGAUCAGCUUAGUGAGGCCAAGAUCAAAGUAGAAGAGCUGCAGCGGCAGCUGGCAGAUGCAAGCACACAGCGUGGGCGGCUGCAGACUGAGAAUGGGGAGCUGGGCCGCCUGCUGGAGGAGAAGGAGUCUCUGAUCAGCCAGCUGAGCCGUGGGAAGACCUCUGCUGCCCAGAGCCUGGAGGAACUUCGGAGGCAGCUAGAGGAGGAGAGCAAGGCCAAGAGUGCAUUGGCCCACGCAGUACAGGCUUUGCGGCACGACUGUGACCUCCUUCGGGAGCAGCAUGAGGAGGAGGCUGAGGCCCAAGCUGAGCUGCAGAGGCUGCUGUCCAAAGCCAAUGCAGAGGUAGCCCAGUGGAGGAGCAAAUACGAGGCAGAUGCCAUCCAGAGGACCGAGGAGCUGGAGGAGGCCAAAAAGAAGCUGGCCCUGAGACUGCAGGAGGCAGAAGAGGGUGUAGAAGCUGCAAACGCCAAGUGUUCAUCCCUGGAGAAGGCUAAGCUGCGGCUGCAGACGGAGACAGAAGAUGUGACCCUGGAGCUAGAGCGGGCGACCUCAGCAGCUGCUGCACUGGACAAGAAACAGCGACACUUGGAGCGGGCUCUGGAGGAACGCAGGCGGCAGGAGGAGGAGACACAGCGGGAGCUGGAGGCAGCACAGAGGGAAGCCCGGGGCCUGGGCACCGAGCUCUUCCGGCUUCAGCACAGCCAUGAAGAGGCACUUGAGGCUCUGGAGACACUCAAGCGGGAGAACAAGAACCUGCAGGAGGAGAUCAGUGACCUCACAGACCAGGUCAGCCUCAGUGGGAAGAGCAUCCAGGAACUGGAGAAAGCCAAGAAGGCGCUGGAAGGGGAGAAGAGUGAGCUCCAGGCGGCACUGGAGGAGGCUGAGGGGGCCCUGGAACUGGAGGAGACUAAGACUCUUCGGAUCCAGCUGGAGCUAUCCCAGGUCAAGGCAGAAGUGGACCGGAAGCUGGCAGAAAAGGAUGAGGAGUGCACUAACCUGAGGCGCAACCACCAGAGGGCCGUGGAGUCUCUGCAGGCUUCCCUGGAUGCGGAGACCCGGGCCCGCAAUGAGGCGCUGAGGCUCAAGAAGAAGAUGGAGGGGGACCUCAAUGAGCUGGAGCUGCAGCUGGGCCACGCCACCCGCCAGACCAUGGAGGCACAGGCAGCCACACGGCUGCUGCAGGCCCAACUCAAGGAGGAGCAGGCGGGGCGAGAUGAGGAGCAGAGGCUGGCUGCGGAGCUCCGGGAGCAGGCACAGGCCCUGGAGCGUCGCACGGCGUUGCUUGCUGCGGAGCUUGAAGAGCUGCGGGCAGUCUUGGAACAGGGCGAGCGCAGCCGGCGGCUGGCAGAACAGGAGCUGCUAGAGGCCACCGAACGACUCAACCUCCUGCAUUCGCAGAACACAGGUCUCCUGAACCAGAAAAAGAAGCUGGAGGCAGACUUGGCCCAGCUGAGUGGGGAAGUGGAGGAGGCUGCCCAGGAGAGGCGGGAAGCAGAGGAGAAGGCUAAAAAGGCCAUCACUGAUGCGGCCAUGAUGGCUGAAGAGCUAAAGAAGGAACAGGACACCAGUGCACACCUUGAGCGGAUGAAAAAGACCCUGGAACAGACAGUGCGGGAGCUGCAGGCCCGCCUGGAGGAGGCUGAGCAGGCUGCCCUCCGGGGCGGCAAGAAGCAGGUGCAGAAGCUGGAGGCCAAGGUGCGGGAGCUGGAGGCCGAGCUGGACGCAGAGCAGAAGAAACACGCAGAAGCCCUCAAGAGCGUGCGCAAACAUGAGCGUCGGGUCAAGGAGCUUGCGUACCAGGCUGAGGAAGACAGGAAGAACUUGGCUCGCAUGCAAGAUCUGGUAGAUAAGCUGCAGAGCAAGGUCAAGAGCUACAAACGCCAGUUUGAGGAGGCGGAGCAGCAGGCCAGCUCCAACUUGGCUAAGUACCGCAAGGCUCAACACGAGCUGGACGAUGCAGAGGAGCGGGCCGACAUGGCGGAGACGCAGGCCAACAAGCUGCGGGCGCGGACCCGGGAUGCCCUGGGCCCGAAGCACAAGGAGUGACAGCCUGAGCUCCACGCUGAGGAAGGACAUCUGCUGAGAUCCUGUCAUCUUUUCACCUCCAUCUGUGGCCACUCAUCCUUCCAAGCCCUGGAACACCCUGAAUAAAUGCCACGUCUAUGCACAUAGCUGUGUCCUCCUUAUUCCCUGGAAUUAAAAGAAAGGGAAUGUAAUCCCAUGGACAAAAUCAAGUCCACAUCAAUCAUUUAAAAUAAAGUUCUUUAAUAGUC